AUGUUGCAUAAUCGAACAUCAAAAGGUUUCUAUGUAUAUUUAAAAACUUUACCAAAAAAUAAUAUAAGAAGUUUUGGAAAUACACCAGUAGAUCUACCAUCACAAUCAUCUCCACCUGUAAAUCCGCAAUCAUCUCCACCUGUAAAUCCGCAAUCACCUCCACCUGUAAAUUCAUCUACACAUUUACCUCUUCAAUCAAUUUCAUAUUCAUAUUCAUAUUCUUAUCCAUGUACAUACCCACCUCCACAUACACAAUCACCUCCACAUACACAUCCACCUCAAGAUUUUCCUCCACCCCCACCUCCACAUACACAUACACAUACACAUACAUAUUUUCCUCCACCUCCACCUCCACAUACAUAUUUUCCUCCAACUACACAAUUACCUCCAAAUCCGAAAGCUUACAAUUUCAAUUUCAAAUUUGAUCUUGGUUUAGGAGUUGGUGCAGCUAUUCUUGUUGGUAAAGUUUUAGACAAGUUUUAUAAAGAAGAUGAUACUUUAGAAAAUAUUGAAAAUCAUACAGAUGAAUCCAAUAACGAUAAAGUCGCAAGCUCUACAACAAAAAAAAAAGAAUCAAAUAUUUUACAAAAAAUUUCAAAUUCUAAUGAAAACCAAAUAUUUAGAAAAGCUUUGAAAUUAUUAAAUGAAAAAACUAUCUUGGCUGGCAGUAUCUUAAGGAAAGGAUGCUUAAUUUUCUACAAUGAAAAUACUAAUAAAGAUUUUUUAGAAUUCUGGAGAGACUCUUCAAAAUGGAGUAAAGAAUUUGUUCAACUAAUUAGUGGUCAAGAUUAUUUAGAUUUGAAAGAAAAUGAAUUUAUAGAGUUAUAUAUUUUAAACGUUUAUGAUGUUCAUAAAGAUUCAUUAGAUGUUUCAAUAGAAUAUUUUGAAGUUAUAGUAAAGUUAUCAGAUGAUAAAAAGAUUGAAGAAUUACCAAUUGAUGAUUCAUUAAUAAAGAAAUUCGAGGAUAUUGUGGUAAUUGCACCCGGCACAUUACCAAAUAGUCUCACAACACUCACAUUUGGUGAAGGUUUUAACCAAGUAAUUAAACCCGGCACAUUACCAAAUAGUCUCACAACACUCACAUUUGGUUUAGAUUUUAACCAAGUAAUUAAACCCGGCUCAUUACCAAAUAGUCUCACAACACUCACAUUUGGUUUAGAUUAUAACCAAGUAAUUACACCUGGAUCAUUAUCAAAUAAUCUCACAAAACUCACACUCGGUCUUAAAUUUAACCAAGUAAUUAAACCCGGUACAUUACCAAAUAGUCUCACAAAACUCAAAUUCAAUGAUGAUUUUAACCAAGUAUUUACACCCGGCACAUUACCAAAUAGUCUCACAACACUCACAUUUGGUAAUAGAUUUAACCAAGUAAUUACACCCGGCUCAUUACCAAAUAGUAUCACAACACUCACAUUUAGUAAUAGAUUUAACCAAGUAGUUACAUCCGGCACAUUACCAAAUAGUCUCACAACACUAACAUUUGGACUUGAUUUUAACCAAGUAGUUACACCCGGAACAUUACCAAAUAGUCUUACAACACUCAUAUUCGGCUAUGAUUUUAACCAACCAAUUACACCUGGUACAUUACCAAAUAGUAUCACAACACUCACAUUCUGUCAUAGAUUUAACCAAGUAGUUGCACCUGGCUCAUUACCAAGUAAUCUUACAACACUUACAUUCGGUCAUAGAUUUAAUCAAGUAAUUACACCCGGCUCAUUACCAAAUAGUCUCACAACACUCACAUUCGGUGAUGAUUUUAACCAAGUAAUUAUACCAGGCUCAUUACCAAAUAGUAUCAAAACACUCACAUUCGGUCAUAGAUUUAACCAAGUUGUUUCACCGGGUUCAUUACAAAAUAGUGAUAGCAACCAUUGGUUACCAUCAUCACUUGAAACUUUAAAAAUAGGUGAUAAAUUAGUGUUCGGCAAUUAG